GCGGCCAUGGCGGGCCCGUGCGGAGCUGUCAUUGCUGGGGGCAGAUGCCUACACACCACGGUGAAGUUUCUGAGGAAAACUGGAACUGAGCAGAAGUGGUUGGAGCGGCACUUGAAGGAUCCCUUUGUCAAGGCAUCGAAGCAGCAGCAGUACCGGUGCCGAAGUGCCUUCAAGUUGCUGGAAAUUGAUGACAAGCUCUGUGUUCUUCGUCCAGGAUUUUCUGUUCUUGACUGUGGAGCAGCACCUGGUGCUUGGAGCCAGGUUGCUGUAGAGAGGGUCAAUGCCUUAGGUACUGAUGCUGCUCUCCCCACUGGCUUCGUGCUUGGCGUUGACCUGCUGCGGAUUUCUCCCCUGGAAGGAGCAGUUUUCCUGACAGAGACUGACAUGGCAGAGCCCAGCACGCUGAGGGCCAUCCAGAGCCUGCUUCCCUUGGGGAAGGCAGAUGUCAUCCUGAGUGACAUGGCCCCCAAUGCCACGGGCAUUAAAGAGCUGGAUCAUCAGAAGCUGAUCAGGCUGUGUUUAGGCCUUCUGGAUAUAGCCCAAAGCAUUUUAAAGCCAAAAGGAACGAUGCUCUGUAAAUUCUGGGAUGGAUCCGAGGCCCGCCUGCUGCAAAACAGACUGAAGGAGCAGUUCCAGGAUGUGAGAACUAUAAAACCUCAGGCCAGCAGGAAGGACUCUGCUGAAUCUUAUUACUUGGCCAGGCUGUACAGAGGGAAAUGAAAGUCAUGAGCUGCAAGAUUCUGUGACAUGGGUUGGAAAUCUCAGUUUAGUGGGUGUUUAAAGGAAAAUCCCACCAUUAAGAUUUUGGGGUAGUUUGCUGCUCUUCUUUAAGUCUGUCAGGUUUUCCAAAUACUUGUGGACAAAAUGGUUGGGAAUGAAGAGGAAUAAUCUGAAAGGCAACCUCUGGAG